CGGAUCCGCCCGGGCAGCCCCGCCCGGCCCCGCACCUGCCCCCGGUGCCGCCCCGCCGGCGAGUCGGGGCCGAUCCGCCUCGGGAGCUGCUGCCGGAGCCGGCGCCCGCCAUGGGCGCGGGGCGCGGGGGGAUGCGCUGCAUCAAGAUCCUGCUCUUCAUCUUCAACCUGACCUUCUGGCUGGCAGGACUGGCUGUCAUUGCCUUCGGGCUGUGGCUGCGCUUCGGUGGGGCGAUGGCAGACUUUGCUACAGACAAAAAGUCCCCGGAGUAUUUCUUCCUGGGGCUCUAUGUGUUGGUGGGAGCAGGGGCCAUCAUGUCUGCAGUUGGAUUUUUCGGGUGCUGUGGAGCAGCGCGGGAGUCUCAGUGCUUGCUUGGAGCAUUCUUUGCUUGCUUGUUGGUGAUAUUUGCAGCUGAGGUCACUGCUGGAGUAUUUGCCUUUCUAGGCAAGAAAGUGGCAAUACAGGAAGCCCAGAAGAUCUAUGAAGAUGCUUAUGAUGAUUAUAUGAAAAACCCAGUGGGGAAGGUCAACAGUACCAUCUAUCGCUACCACGUGGCUCUCCAAUGCUGUGGGAAAGGUAACGUGGAACAACAAGUGGGAUUACCCUGUCCAGAGAAUAUCCAGCUGCCAAAGAACUGCCUGGUUGAAAUUCAGAAUGUAAUUGAUACUAAUCUGCAUUUAGUUGGAAUUGUUGGAAUUGCAAUUGCUGGCAUCACAAUCUUUGGCAUGAUAUUCAGCAUGGUUCUGUGCUGUGCCAUCCGUAACACACGGGACAUGAUCUAAAACUGUCACGGCACAACUGGGUCCCAGGAGUUCCAGACUAAGCUUACAAGAAGUGCUCUUCUACCCAAUUUAAUAAUUGUAAUGCAUUUUAAUCAGUGUUUUAACAUACUGAGAGGAAAAUAUCCCAUUAGGUGAUCAGGUGAAUUGUAUUAGUUGCAGUAAAACUGAAGUGAACAAAAAAAAAAGGGGGUUAAAAUGUCCUUUUUAAUGAAAAAUGCAAAAGGUUCAUCUAAGACUAAUUUGAUUUUUAAUGUUUGUAUAUGUGCAAUUAAGAGUUUACACUUGUGUAAGCACAUGCAUAUCUGCCCUUACAAAUGUAUAUGCCCGUGAGCAGGUCCCUGGAUGUGCAGUACCUUGUCUAGGUAAGUAUGUGCAAAUGGAAUAUGUUGUGUGUGCAUCCAGAGUCUCCCUGUGCAGGAAUCUGCACAUCCCACAGGGACACAGUGCUUGGAACCCUCUCACACUGAGCCCCUGUUUGACAAGAAUUAGCAGAGGAACAAAUGCCACUGUAAAAAGCAAGACCCACGAUCCAUUUUGUAACUGUUCUUUCCAAAGCCCAAACAGAGUAGAAUUAAUAAAAUCGGACUUUAUUUAAAAAUAACUAAUGCCUAAGGGCCUGCUCCAGCAAACUUUAAUUCAUGUGAGUAGACCCACUGACUUCACUGUCAUGCAGAGACUGGAUAUUUAUUUUCUUUUAGGACUGGACCCUUCAUGCAAAUGCAGAAAGCUCUGGGGGAGGAAACAUGUCCAAGGAGAUCCAGGCUAAGGGAAGAGGGGGAAAGAGGUGGGAAGCUGACAAGACAAGGCAGUCAUUUGGGAGGAAUUGCAGUGCAAAGUGUGCUUAAGCUUCCCAAGGAGCCUGAGAUACACCAAAAAACCCAACUGUGAGUUAAAGGGGCCAAUAGAAUCCAUAUUCAGCAGCCCCUUUGUCCCAAAAGCCUCACUGUGGCUACAAACUGGUGCAGGAGUGGAGCCUAGAUCCAGAAAAGCAGCCCCUUUGUCAGAUCUCUCUAGAAUCUAACUGGCCUGUGGAAGCCAAACAAAGAGCGAAAACGGUCAGAAAAAAACACACAGCACUUUAAAAAUCCUCAAUUUCUGCUUCUGUGACUAUCACAGCUUCCACAGGGCUCUUACCUCAACCUCUCACCCUUUCUUGUGGGUGCAAAGCAGGAAAGAAAGAUGGGACAUUUUUACAGAGCCACAAAGUAAGGUUUCUUACUGGCACCUUUAGAUUGCAUGUCAGGUAUAAAAAUUACACUGUGUGCUUGAAAUACCUCAGGGCUUGCGUUUACAUAGUUUGUUUCUAUAUUUUUAUUUUUCUAUUUGUCAUAUUUAUUCAUAAGAGAAUGUUCCUUUUGAACCAGACUGGGCGGGAGAAAGGUUGUCUCGAGAAGGGGAAAAUAAAUUACAGCCAAGGCUCAGAAUCUCUAAAUUUUUGGCUUACUCGAGAUAAUUCACCACUUCAGAGAACAGCUUUUUGCUACCAACAUCCCCAUAGCAGCUCUGUCUCUCUGGUGAUCACUAGUUCAGAUUUCUGAUGCAGUUGUUCCACACACAAUGGGGAGAAGUUCAGUUAAACUAGACAUCAUGGACCAUUCUGAUGAGCAAGAGCAUUUACAAGUCAUGGGGGUCUUUAUUUCACUGAAUCACACUGAAAUGAAAUGGGAUUUCAGGAAACAUGUGCAUUCCAGUGCACGUUUGUGUGGAUUAUACCCCCUUUAUGAUAUUUAUCUCGUGUUCCAAAAGAAACUCAAACUCCCAUCACUUUUCUGUCACUUCAGGAAUGGAAAUAAGUGUUGCUGCUCCAAGUAUCUGGUUGAAUUGACACAUCUUUGCUGUCUUUUGCAUAGAUUUCUCUUUUCAAAUUGCCCUGGCACAAGCUGUGGCACUGCACUAAGUGCUGGCACUGCCAAGUCAGGCUUGGGUCACUCUGGCACAGCUGGUUAGCAAAGGGGGGCCAGUUAAAAACUGGGCCUGGGAUCUUACUCUGGAAGUAUCAGCCCAGGAAACAGGACCCCCUGCUCCUAAGAAAGGCCCAGCUGGGACAAUGACAGUGGCAGCAAAUCCACGAGGGUCUCAAGCUGAAACUUAGAAGUCAGUUUUUCCACAGCAGCCAACAAAGUGAUUUCCUGGCUCCCAGGUACACCUGAGACUUCAGUUAAUGGGAUAGUGCCCAGCUGGGGUGUGUUUUCUCAAGGUAAUACUGACAGAAAGAAGAAACCUGUGUAGAGUGGCAUUUUUGCCACUCAGAGCAAGCCAGCUUUCCAGGAAAAGCAGGAAAAACAGCACCAUGCCAACAGCACCAUAGCCAGUGGUUCAGGUUCCAAGAUUAUUGCCCUACAGGGAUAGAAAAUGAUGGCAAAUAAAGAGAUUUCCUCCUGUUACACUCCCCCUCGUAAUGACAGUAUUUUAUUUAUUUUAAACGCAUCUACAUAGAUAAUUGGGUUUAAUUCCUCAAAUUUGCAGCACCAGAAUGUAAUGAUAGCACCAGAGUUUCUCUCUUUAUCUGUUAUUUCUUGAGUAAGUUGGAAGAUGCCCACUCCUGCUUUGAGAUGCACUGAAUACACAGGCAGCUUGCAGAACCUGCUGUUGCUUCCCCAGCCCCCCACUCCCCCAGAAGUACAAAACCAUCUCAGUGCCUUAGGAAAACAGGGAAAAGUGGUACAAAAAAAAAACCUUCUAUAAAUUCAGACUUGAACCACCGAACUUUCUGCUGAAGUGUUUUGGGUUUGUGGUUUGUUUUUUGAUUCCUCUGAAGAGUGCAUUUAUUUUGCUGGGCAUUCCUGCUCAAGCUUUAGGGUUACUGUUAUUUAGGUCUAGGGGAUACUUGCACUGUAUACCAGGAACAGAAUAUUACCUGUUACUGGUUUAGUUCUCUAAGUUAUUGGUAUAAAUUAAGCUGGAAAUCAACAUGUUGUUCAUAUAAUAGUGCCUUUAACAGAAUCCAGGGAUAAAGGUCUUUUGUCAUUUCCUGCUGUUGUGAGGUGCUUAAUCUAAUAGCAGUUUUCUCUGCAUUUUAGUAACUGAAGGUCUUUUUAACUCAUCAAGAGACAUCAAACACAUUUACUGUUCUUUCCCUGCUCCAGUAAAUGCCAUGUAAAGCAGCAGAAACACCCAUUUAGUCCUGUCCCUUGCAUCCCUUUCAGAGGAAAGACAAAAGAUCAGAUCCCUCCAGGUGAUAAUUCUGAAAGCACAUCACACAGGUUUUCUUCUUCUCCUCAGUCCAAACAGUUUGUUCUAAAGCAUAAAGAUGUAAACUGUUGAUGCCCUUAUUAUGUCUCUAAACACCCUUAUUCACAUUUCCCUUGUCUAAUUUUUCUAAGUAACUGACUUCAGUGGGAGCUUCAUUUGUCCCAGGAAAGUUUUGGUACCUUGCAGAGAGACCAAACAGGAGCUGAUGAAGCUCAGCCCUGUGACAUCCCCACAGUGAGGAGUCACCUUUCACUUGUCUCGAUACUGAUAGUUUUAUAACAAAAUACAUUUCGUGUGUCUUGAAAAAAAAACUUGAGUUAUCUUAAAGCCUUCAGGCUGCGGAUUAACAGCUGUUGUUCGGUGAAAAUGUACAUAAAUAAAGCUUUUCAAUCUUCUUCCUCUCUACUGGUGCUCCAGCCACGAGGUUUUCCAAAACGCAAACCACUUCCAGGAUAAACGUGUGUGUUUUUACAGCACAAAUUGUGGGUUUUGGACAGAACUGGCGUUUUUUCGGUUCGUGCUGCGAAGUCCGCGGCAGAAUUACCUCUACGGCUUCUUGCUUUGGGAGAGAAAACAGACUCGCUCUGUGGCUGAAAUUAGCUCUCGCUUCCCUACGAUGUGUUCCGAAGUGGCGUUUUAUCGGCUUUGUGUCUUGAACUUGAAACGACUUCCUAAUAAAAAUAACCUGGAACAA